AUGCAGCUGAAUUUCAGUGGCCUGCGGGCCCUGGUGACAGGAGCAGGGAAAGGGAUCGGGCGGGACACUGUGAAGGCCUUGCACGCCUCGGGAGCCAAAGUGGUGGCUGUUAGCCGCACCGGUGACGACCUGGUCAGCCUCUCCCAGGAGUGCCCCGGGAUAGAGCCCGUGUGCGUGGACCUGGGCAGCUGGGAGGCCACGGAGCAGGCGCUGGGCAGCGUGGGCACGGUGGACCUGCUGGUGAACAACGCAGCCGUGUCACUCAGCCAGCCCUUCCUGGAGGUCACCAAGGAGGCCUUCGACAGGUCCUUCAACGUGAAUCUGCGUUCUGUGCUCCAGGUGUCCCAGAUCAUAGUCCGGGGCAUGAUCGACCGCAGAGCACCUGGCUCCAUCGUCAACAUCUCCAGCAUAGCGGCCAACGUCAUCUUACCUAACCUGGUCACCUACAGCUGCACCAAGGGCGCAAUGACCGUGCUGACCAAAGCCAUGGCCAUGGAGCUGGGGCCACACAAGAUCCGGGUGAACUCCGUGAACCCCACGGUGGUGCCGACGGCCAUGUCCCGGAUCGUGUGGUCCGACCCCGAGGUCGCCCAGAAGCUGAAGGAACGCCACCCGCUCAGGAAGUUUGCAGAGAUGGACGACGUGGUCAACAGCAUCCUGUUCCUGCUCAGCGACCUCAGCGCCUCCACCAGCGGCUCCAGCAUCUUCGUGGACGCCGGAUACCUGGCCUCCUAG